GAAUGCAGGGUCCGGGGAGAGACCGGAUAUAGUGAAUUCAGGGUCCCGGGAGACCGGAUAUAGUGAAUGCAGUGGGGUCCGGGGAGAGCAGAUAUAGUGAAUGCAGGGUCCGGGGAGAGCAGAUAUAGUGAAUGCAGGGUCCGGGGGAGAGUGGAUAUAGUGAAUGCAGGGUCCGGGGAGACCAGAUAUAGUGAAUGCGGGGUACGGGGGAGAGCGGAUAUAGUGAAUGCGGGGUCCAGGGAGACUGGAUAUAGUGAAUGCGGGGUCCCAGGGAGAGCGGAUAUAUUGAAUGCAGGGGUCCGGGGAGAGCGGAUAUAGUGAAUGCGGGGUCCGGGGAGAGCGGAUAUAGUGAAUGCGGGGUCGGGGGGGAGACCGGAUAUAGUGAAUGCGGGGUCCGGGGAGAGCGGAUAUAGUGAAUGCAGGGUCCGGGGAGACCAGAUAUAGUGAAUGCAGGGUCUGGGGAGACCGGAUAUAGUGAAUGCAGGGUCCAGGGAGACCUGAUAUGAUGAAUGCA